AGUCUGAUCUAGAGUACAGUACCGGAACUCCCUGUAUCUGAUAUAGCCUCUCCUCGGUCUGAUCUGGAGUACAGUACCGGAACUCCCUGUGUCUGAUUUGGCCUCUCCUCGGUCUGAUCUGGAGUACAGUACCGGAACGCCCACCACUACACUGAACAUGCUCGUCCGGUGUGCGUGAGAGCACACUGCGAAGAGGAUAGAAUAGAGAAACCAAAACUCUUCAACUCAGAAAAUGUACUCUAUGGAAGAUAGCAAAUGUAUUUUUUUAUGAACCCCGUCGAAUGUUGGAGCAAAGUAAUUAUAUGGCAGUUUUGUAAAAACAAAAUCUAUUUUUUCCCCGGGCGUGGUUUGCACUCAGCAUUCCUUGAUACAUGUCAUGUGACCGAGGAUUAAUUUAAACAGUACAUUAAAAGGGGCUGGAAUAGGGUCAGGUUUAGAGAAAGUUCGUCGUGCUUCUUAUGCAGUAUAGCCUGCCUAAGUGUGUUUAGAUAGUUUGAAAUAAACAAACCAGGGUAUGGACGAGAAGGAUGACGAACAGCUUGGGGCGUUUGAUCCCAACAUUCCAGAGGAGGGUCCGUCGGCGCCCCCUCCUGGCUGGCUGGACUGUGUGACAGGGUACGACGAGCCCAAAGGGGGAGAUACAGGAGACCAGCUGUACCCUCCUCCUCCUGCCUACAACCCUCAACCUGAGAAUGACAGGAAUGCAUCCGUCCCUAACGUCAGGGUACCUCAAGUGUCAGAGAGUGUGGCUAGGGAAGCUCUCCUGAAGUUUGUGGGCUCCAAAUGGUCCAAAAGCAGCAAGCCUGCCAGAAACCUGACCUUCAAGGAGUUACAACCUAUUACAAUGUAUCGGUAUCGUUUGGAGACAUAUACUGAGUCCAGAUCCAGUGCCUGGGAGAUGGAGCCAUUUACUGGCCAGGUGGUAGACGGACCUCAGUACGGGAUGAGCCCUCCUCCGUGGGACGUCCCGGUGCAACAGCCGCAGAGAUACAUCGAUGUGAUCCUGAAAGUGCGUGUCCCUCAUUCCUCCUUUGUAAAGACGUGCCACCGGUGCCAUGGCUGUGGUAGGACGCGCUGCACACACUGUGCAGGGAGGGGAAAUAGGCGGUGUCCGUUCUGCCACGGACAUGGUCGCAGGACAACAGGACAUGGACGUAACAACAGGGCCGGAAACAACAGAUGUUCCAGCUGCCAAGGGAGGGGAAGGAAGAGAUGCACGUUCUGCCAUGGACACGGACACAAGACCUGCCCCACCUGUCAGGGCAACAGAAUCCUGAUGCACUUCAUUCAGCUCACCAUCACAUGGAAGAACCACGUGUUUGAGUUCGUACCGGACCGGCUGCCUGAGUUCCCUCUCAAGAAGUUUGAGAAGGUGUCUGGGGACGCCUUCUUCGUUGAUGAAAGUAUUCUGGUGUACCCCAUCGUGGGUUUUCCUGACCAGGAGAUCUGUGACGCCUCCAGGAAGGCGUCUCAGGAACACCACAGCAAGUUCUCACCACAGCAAGUUCCCUGUCGCAUCCUACAACAGCGUCAAACCAUCGAGUUGGUUCCCAUCACGCACGCCUUCUAUUCCUACAGUGGAAAAGACUACGACUACUUUGUUUACGGUCUCGAGAAUAAGGUUUUCACUCCUAAAUAUCCUUCCGCUUGUGUUAUAUUAUAAAAGGAAACAUCUCAUGAUUAUGUUAAUGUUAGUCCUGUCCUUUGUUUUAUGAAUAUUUUACAGUCAUAGUCAUUACAAUAUACUUGACUUAUUGUUGUCGUAUAAUCAAGGAGAUAAGGAAUGUCUACAGUGUUCUAGAAAAGUGUACCUACCAUCUUAUUGAUUGUGUAUAGACAAAAGUCUAUCCUGACAUUUUUACAUUUGUAAUUAUUAUCAUUAUUCUUCUUUUUUACUCAAAAGGGUGCUAGCCAUGUUGAAACUCAAUGUAAAACCAGUGCCUGUUCAUUCCAGCCAUUCCAACCACUGAUUUUUCCAUCACACCAUUGAAGUGAAAGUAUAUGCUAUACUAUAACAAUAAUAUCCAAAGUUUAUGAAGUUGGAUAAUGGAAUAUUUUAUUCUGAAUUCUGUUACGUUUGUCUGUACCUCCGAGGCCUCUCCAGUUUUGAUCAUAGAGAUGGAACUAUAGAACAUAGAAUGAGAAGCGGAAUCCUUUUAAUUCUAUGGAGAAUCUAGUCAAUCUGUCUCUAUGGUUCUGGAUCAUCCACUGAGGUCUAAGCUCAGAGUAAGUUGAGAGUGUUGCCUGUGUGUUUAUAAUUGUAAUCAUCUAAAUGUUUUUUUUAUAUAUAUAAAUCUGAAUUUUAAUACAUGCACCUUACAACCUAUAUGCAAAAUAAAAACAACUUUUCUAUACCCUGUAUUUUUAUAAUUAAAAAAAAUAUCAUUUUGAA